CCGGAAGAAGCAGCCGCGUACUUGUUGGAAGUGGACAGAUUUAAACUGGAUGUCUUCAUCUUGGUGGUCUUCAGCUAUGUUGGAACCAACUUCCCUCACCCCCAUUAUCUAGGAAGAAAGGGGGUAGAACACAUUUCCAUCUGGCAAUUUCUGAUAAUUGUGAAAGCACAUGAAUGGCGGACACUUUCUGGUUGCCUCUGUGAUUUCCAUCCAGAACCGCAGCUUUGUGUAUCCAUCAUGUCACAGUUGCUUUUCCAAAAUAUCCCUGCAAUGCAAACGAUACAAUUGCCAGAAGUGUGGUUGUUCGGGCAACACCAAAGAAGCAAACUACAGAUACCGACUUUCGCUGGAGGUAGCCGACACCCAUGAUGUUUUUGAGGUCACCGUAUUUGGAAGCUGUUUAGAUACCUAUUUUGGAGUUACAGCAAAAGACUUGCAAAGGUACAUCAAAGAAUUGAACCGCGAAGCAGGAGAGGACGAAAACGAUGCCGUGUUUGGUGCCGUAUCUCAUGCCGUUGAAACUUGCUUUGUUGGGAAAAAGUUUGUCUUCAGGAUUAAGAGUUCCGACAUGCCCUGCGUUGUCCCUUCUGACAAGCCCUUAUUGCAAAAUGGCCGCCAAAGGGAGAGACGCACCAAAGCUCUCAUCGCCCGUGAGAUGUUCCUACCCCACCCUGGGCUUGUGGGCUACACCGUUAUCCACUAUAUCGAGCAGCAGCGAAGUUGUCAGUUGAAGCAGAGUCAUGGGGCUUUACGGCCUCCGGAUCAUGUCCCGGCAUCUGAUCACCCAAGCGGAGAGUUAAGGAGCCUCCAUCUCUCCGGCGAUUUGGAUGUGACUCAAUCAAGUCAGAGAAAUGGCUUUUUCAACCUCUGGCCUUACUCAUUCGGGCUAACCUGGUCGUCCACCUCAUCAGAAGACACAGCUUUAGAUACACGCGAGGCCAGCUCGGAGAAGCCAAAAGGCGAAGAUGGAUCUAUCAUGUCACACAACCAAUUGGUUUAUAAUUUCAAAGGCCAAAACUUGACAACGCAAGAUAAUGGAGAUGUACACAAAGGUCAGAGGUCUUGUUUGUAUCUUUCUCCGCAGAGUCUCACCCCUAGGGACGAACUAGGAAGUAGACGUUCCACAAAAGGAAAAGAUGGUGAUAUAUUAGAAAGCCCCUUCGCAUCGGAGCGGAAAGAUCCUUCCUGCAAAAUCAGCAUCCAGUCCAGCUAUGGGCUAGCAAAUCCACGGCACCUUUUGCCCCACCAGAGGCCUAAGGAACACCUUGCUACAGGAGGUGCAACUGCUCCAGAAGCCGCCUCCAAAGGCUUGACUGAAUUUCUUGCCAGGCUUGACAACGGCAGCUCCACUGCCGCUCUCUCAAACGGUCCAGAGUGGCGUCCUGCCUCGGUUCUCGGUGAAAAAUCAGGCGAAGACAAAGAGAACGAGUUGCUCGCGGAAGAACCAGACUGUUCUUGGAGAGGAAGGGAUGUCUACUGUUUCCCGCAGGCGGGUUCCAGUUGCCCCGAGGCUAGUUUUGAUGCUUCAGCAGAUCUUUUUGAUAUUAGCAUCGGGGGAUCGACGAAAAGCACUCCAGCAACAUUACACAGGCCCCAGGUAAUCACGCCGCGAACUGGCACGCUCACCCCAACCUGUAUAAAAUCAGAAUUCAUGCCAAGGGAAGGGAAGGGAAAUGCUAGCGGGACUACUUCUCAUUAUGGGUUAUCGUUAUAUGAUACCAUGGAUGUCUCGACCCCCAAAACAAGUACUCCGAUUGCCAGCGCAGGGUUCAAGUCUGAAUGUAGCCCUGUUGGUACCCUGGACUUCACUCCCGAUGCCCUCGCAAGGCCUUGUCAUCCAGACAGCCUCCCUGGAGGGAAAGGAUCCCUUCGAAGCCAACUACCCCCGAAUAAAUUGCCUUGGGACAAGGCUAGGUGUAAAAAGCCCAGGCUCCCCUCUAAAAACUCUUUGGUGAAACAACUCGUCAGCAGGUUCUCGCCCUCCGAAAGGUCAAGCAACGCAGAAGCUGGCGCGGACAAUCCAUGUGGGCCUCUGAGUCACCUCUCGGCGCAAGAAUUGCUGUCUGAAGAUGUUGGCCAAGAAUGGAGUCCUCCUUCAGGGGAAAUCCAAGGUCAGGAUGUAAAAUCGUGGAGAAGGAAGAGAAGGAAGAGCUUCAUCAGGCUUCACGGUGAUGGCCGAGUUAUAGAGGAUUUUCCUCUUUCUGCAAUUCAAGGAGGAACCUGGAGUCCAAGAAAUCUUUCCAACUUAGCAAAGGUCGGAUUUCUUCCUAAAAAGCAGCAACUGGAAGAAGCUGAUAUUGGAGGACAGCUUAUGUGUCAACAGAGAACGAUGCUUGGCCCUCCAGUCAACGAAUCGCCUGACAAACCACCUUUGGUAGACUUCAGACGACCAAAACUGCUUCCUACAACUUCUCCCGUGCCUGAUGUCGCAGACUGGUCUUCUGAACUCUUCUCCGAUCACGAGCAGCUGCCCAACAUGGAGGCCGCCAUCACGAGAGAUGAUGAUUUAAACUGAGCUUGUUUGCAAAACCUCUUGUUCGUUCCUUGGAUGAGGAGACAGUUGAGUUACAGUUUCAUCUCUUUGAUGUACAGGUGCUUCUUGUUUAACGACCGCUCAUUCAGCAACCAUUUGAAUUUAUGGUGGCUUCUGAAUGAAUGGUAGUUAUGACCAGGUCUUGUACUUAAAGAGAUGUCACAGCGUCCCUUCGCUUUAUGUGAUCAUGAUUUGUGAUCUUCUGUGCCAGCUUCCAUAAGCAAAGUCAUUGGGGAAGCCAGCAGGAAGUCAGAUGCUACCACCAUCAGGUGAGAUCCUCACUCAAUGGCCCACCCAUUGUUUAACAAUGGCAACCAGGAUUGCUGGAACUGUCAUCACUGAGCAACAUGAAGACAUUGUUUGACUUAAAACUGUGUCGCUUGAUGACAGACUGUCUUGUUCCAACCAGCAUGGUUAAAUAAGAACUAGUUGCAUUUGUCUAUUGUUAUAAAUUUUGAUAUUGUGAAUUGCUGGAAGUCCUAUGGCUGUAUAUAAGAACUGUAAAUAAAAUAAAGUAAU